AUGGAAUGCCGUUUGGAGAAGAGGUUUUCCGGUGCUACAACGUCUAAGCAAUGUCUGAAGAGUAGAGCUAAUGAUGAGCGUGAGCUUGUCAAGUAUAUGUCAAAGCUACCAGUUUUCUUGGAGAGAGCUGAAACAACACCUCAGGAGAAGCUCUUGAGCGUUGGUGUUCUUGACUGGGGCCGCUUGGAGAAAUGGAAGCAUACUCAUAACCGCCAGAUUCCAGUGAAGACUAGAUUCCCUUUGGUUUCUCAAACAGAUACUUCGUUGGCUACGCUUAGAGAUGAGUCGUCUGCUGGUCCAAGCAAAAUGCAUAUCCGUAGCUCAAGGCAGCCUGAUCCGAUGUCAAAUUCUGUUGAAGAAACUGUAAAAGAGUAUCGAGAAAUCAAAGGUACACGGAAAAAGAAACCCAAGGAUCGUAGAUGUUUCAGCAUACCUGAUGAGCAGCUUGGUCCAAACACGGACGCACAAGGAUCAGAUGGAUAUGAGAGUAAGGAUCUGAAAGGGAAUAUUGGCCCAAAAGCUGGAACUUUGUCUAAUGGAUUGAAUUCAGAGUCUGUCUUGAACAUGGAGGUAGUAAGAUCAAAGGCUGAUGGAAAUAGACGUAGGAAGAGUGAAAAGAAGUUGCGUGAAAGAAACCAAAAUGAUCAUGAUGAAGAACUUGGUCGAAAGCAGCAGGAGGAGUCCAAGCUCUAUCACUCAACUAAGAAGCUAGCUCGAGAAGAGGCCAAGACAUGCAAGAGGAGUUCGACUAAAAAAGUCAGGGUAAUUCACGGCGUUGAAGUAGAUUACUGUACUCAACAUUCUUGCCCAUUGCCAUGUAAAGCUGAUGGCUGCUUGGCAAAGAAUAAAAUUGGCUUCACUGAUGCGGACCAAAACAAGGUUUCAGUUGAAAUACCUCAGUGCGUUUCACUUUCAACAAAAGCAAUCAACACAUCUUCCAGACGUAAAAUCACAGAAGACAGAGCAUCAACUUUGUUAGCUGUGAAGCAUUGUAUGGUUGAGCCUGUCCAGAGACAAGAUUCACAGUCGCAUAACGCAGCAUCUGAAAAGAAGAGAAGUACUUCGCCUUUUCAGCGGCUUAGCUUUAGUAUGAGUAAGACCAGCAAAACUAAUAGUGAAGGAGUUGUAGUUCCUGCGGCCCAGCUAGACUCAGUGGCUAACUCCACAAAGAACAGUUCACAAAACGUGGCUCUUUCAUCUGGCGUUAACGGCUCAGAUUGCAACAAACCCAGUGAAAAAGAUACAACCACGACAAGCCAUUUAAGAAGGUUGCUAGAACCUCUAUUGAAGCCAAGAGCAACUCACUUUGGCAAUUCUGUGGAGGGGACUAGAGGUCAACGCGUACAGAGAGUAAAAUUGGGUAUCACGGGUUGCAAAACUGUAAACGUCAAUGAUUCAGCUCACGAGAAGAAGCUAGGAUCAUCCAUGGUUCGAGCUGUUCUUCGGGUAACAGUUAAGAACAAUCAGCCACUCUUUACAUUUGCAGUGAACAAGGAAACCGACAUUAUUGCGGCCACCCAAAAGAAAAUGGGAAGCUCGGAAGAGGGUGAAUGCACUAGUGUUUAUACUUUCUUCUCUAUUAAAAACCAUAAGAGAAAUAGUGUGUGGUUAAACGAAAGACGCAAAGGCCAAACACAUGGUAUCAUCUCUAACGUUGUUGCUCAGAUGCGGGUCUCGAGUUCUUUGCCAUCUGGUUCCAUUAGAGAGUUUGUUCUCUUCUCUGUAGAACUUGAUCAAGAGAACACGGAAAAAUCUGAUCUGCAGUUGAAAAACGAGCUAGCUGCGAUCAUUGUGAAGAUGCCAAGAUGGUUUCACAGGAGAGCAUCACUUAACACGGUUCAGGAUAGUAAUGCAUUCAACAAAGAGGUCGAAGAUCACGUCAAAGACAGGAAUCUUGACCAUGACAUUAGUGCUACGGUCAUACUUCAAAGCGGUGUUCAUAGUAUGCCUCAAAAAGGAGGGCCAUCAUCUUUGAUCCAGCGAUGGAGAACGGGUGGGUCUUGCGAUUGUGGAGGUUGGGACAUGGGCUGCAAUCUAAGAAUCCUUACAAAUCAGCACAACUUCGCCUGCAAGAAUUCGACAGCAUCAAACUCACCACCUUCUUCAAACCGAUUUGAGCUUUUCUUUCUGGGAGAACAGCCCGAGGAACAUCCGUUCUUGAGCUUUAAACCGAUCAAGGAAGGGAUAUAUUCAGUUGUGUAUAAUCCAUCCCUUUCACAACUACAAGCAUUUUCCAUAUGUAUGGCACUUGCAGAGAGUAGGAAAAUGUCAGAGAUCAGCCUUGAGCACAAAAGCUCUUGUGAUGAACAUAAUGCUAGACCGGAAACCGUGUUAGUCCCGGACCAAGAUCCAAAGCCUGAUGGCAACAUCGGGUAUCAACUGCCCCUCUCGCCUGUCGGGCGGGUCUGA